AUGGCGGCGCAAUGCGGUGAGGCACCAGCGCCGUGGGACGAAUUGCGUUUUCUCAACGAAUGCCUUGUGGAUGCUCUCGCUGUUCAUUUGCUCGUUUCGCGCUCAUUUGUGAGAGGGACGGAUGGCGAGGGGGGAGAGACGUGUUACUGCUCACUAUUGGAGGAGGAGGUGCAGGUGUACCUGCGGCAACUGCUGCAGAAGUACACAUCGAGUGCGGCGAUGCGGAAGAAACUCAAGUCUGCGAGAAGCUUGUACCAUCUGCAGUGUCUCACUGACGUGAAGGCGCGGGAAGAGUUUGUUCUCAUUGCAGCACACCCAUCGUUUGCCGAGACCAUUUAA